UUUGCAUCACGUCAACGAUAAUCAAAUAAUUAGAUGAUAAUGCGUUUAACAUGACAGUUUUUCCAUGUAUAUUUAGAAGUUUAUUUUAAAAAAAAUUUCUAUAUUACUUUCGGGGUCUACUUAUUAUUUCCUUUUCUGUUCGUAAACAAAGAUGGGUGUGAAAAGUUUAUCGACAUUCAUGGAUGCUAAUCCGCACCUCACAAUGCCCUACAAACUUCAUGAUUGUACAAUUGUUAUUGAUGGAAAUAAUUUACUCCAUUUUCUGUACUCUUUUAACAAAAUUAGUUAUGUCUUUGGUGGAGACUACAUCACAUACACCUCUAAAGUUGGAGCUUACUUUUCAUCAUUUAAAAAGUGCAAUAUUAAGCCCAUCGUAGUUCUUGAUGGUGGUAAAGAUGAUUCAGAUCGUUAUUUACCAACUCAGAUUGAAAGAUGGAGGCAACGGGUUUCCCGAGUGAAAAUCGCAUCGGAAACUGGCAAAAUUGAAGAGCCAUUUCUCCCUAUAAAUGCCAAAAGUGUUUUUAAAAACACCCUCUUCAAACUUGGUAUUACAUUUGUACAGUGCGAAUUUGAAAGCGAUGGUCACAUGGCUUCACUUGCGAAUCAUUUCAACUGUCCAGUUCUUAGCGAAGAUAGUGAUUUCUAUAUAUUUGAUGUAAAAAAUGGCUACAUAAGAACGUCAAGCCUAGACAGUUGCAGUGUACUGACAUCUGAGGAUAAUAAAACCAAAUACUUAAGUUGCAAGAUUUAUCAUAUUAAUAAAUUCCUUUCAUUUUAUCCAUCCAUUAACAAAAGCAAUUUACAGUUACUAGCUUGCUUGGCUGGUAAUGACUUUAUAAAAUAUGAAGAUUUAAGACCCAUAGCAUGGUACUUUUAUCCCCAACCAGGGCAGAAAAUUGAACAAAUUCUAAAUUACUUAGGCACUCGCGAAUAUGUUGAAGUUCUUGGAGACAUAUUAAGUUUAAUUAAUAAAGAAAAACAAGAAGCGUUUAAAAGAUUGUUGGAUUAUUCUGUUAACUCUUACAAAAUCAAAGUUUCCAAGUUAUCUUACUUAUUUGACAACAAUAACAUGCUGUCGGAUACCAAACUACUUCCAACAUCGCAAUUAGUGGCUCCUUGUGGAACGCCUUUUCCUAAAGAAUAUGUGCGUAAACACAGCCAGGGGCGUUUGCCCCCUCUUUUUCUAAACGUUAUCAACUUACAUCGAUCAUUCAUGCGUACUCAAGUAGGUGAUUUUGUUGACAGAAGUAGCUAUAACUGCAGUUGCUUUGUCCGUCAAGUUAUUUAUGGUAUACUUUUUCAUCACGAAACUGCAAGUACAAACAUGAAAGAUCAUAAAUCACUAUGUUUACUUGAUGUCGAUGAAUAUGAUGUAGAUAAAGGAUUUGAAAUAUUCUUCAAAACUAAACCUAUGUUAGCUCUUCCAAGUGGAAAACCUGUUCCACAUUUACAUCAAAUUAAGCAUAUGGAUAAAACAGCGCGACUGGAGUUCUUAGCAGAAGUUAUUGGAAUUAAAACAUUCUAUCUGAAACAUUUUCCAGAGAAAUUACAGCUUUUGUUUGCUAUCAUAUGUUAUUGGCUGCGAAACUGUUCACCUAAGCCUACUAAAGAAUUCUUUUUAGCCUUGUUGUUAUGCAUCACUCAUUUUUAUGUGUUGCAUGAAUCAGUUUUAACAUAUCCUAUUUUACAAGACAAAAUCGAUGCUGAUCUUUCAAAGAUGUAUUAUUCUCUUAGAAAUAUCACAUCGAAUUCGGCGAAGAAACAAGCCGAAUUUGCACAAACAUUUCCACGCGACACAAAGAUAAGUUUGCAACAUCAUUUCGAUGUGUAUGUGAUUCACAGCUACAACCAACUUCAAACUUGCUUCAAGUACUUGAUGUCAUUAAAUCAACUCUUAGAAUCACCUUUGAAAUCUAUUAACUCUGAGAGCAUCUUUGAAGGCUCAAUGUUAUGUAGUUUAGCAAAAGAAAUUGAAUCUAAUCCUGAAAGCGACAUUUUUAUAGAAUUGUUCCUAGGAAAAGAAACGGCAAGUCAAAACGUAUUCAAUAUAAUGCUGAAAAAAGUUUUUCAAAACAUUCCACCAGGUUUUCCUUGGAGGGAAACUCCUAAUUGGAAUUCAGAAAAAUCAAAAUUUUUCCGUAAACUUGGAUUUUAAAAUUAUUAUUAUUAUUCAUUGCUAACGAACACGAAUGUACAUUUGUUUUUAAAAAGAAGGUGAAAUUUGAAAACUAACUAUUUGAAGAACUCAAACUAACUCUCUUAUAUAAUUUUAUCAAAUACUGUUUAGAUUGUUAUAAAUUUUAUUGUUGAACCAUACUAACUUUCAAAUUUGCUGUCAUCUUAAUGUACCCCUUACUUGAUAUCUUAUUUUAAAUUGCUUACACGAUAUAAUGUUUGAAAUUUAAUGGGGACAAGAUUAAAUUCAGCACCUUAUUAUGGUUGCAGCAAAUUUUCACCGCAUUAUGGUACAAAGUUAUGGUUCAACGUUGAACCGAUUUUAUGAGAGUGUGGAAUUAAUUUCUGUUGCUUUACUGACAUUCUUCAAAUAUUUUUAUGGCUCUGGAACAAUUGUUUUAAACCUUGAAAGUGACAAAUAAUUUUACAUUUAAUAAAAUAUUUAUAAAAAAUUUAUAUGUAAGUCAGUAUCAAUGGAAAUAAAUUGAGAAAAAAUCCUUUUUAAAAGAAAUGUUCAAGGUGAAUGCUUUUUUUUAUAUUCAAACGCAUAACUUUCGGUGAAAAGUAUUUUCCAUCAUUAUUUUAUUUAAUAAUUGAUGUUGAGCUACCUAUCCAUUUUUGAGCUUAUUACCCUCACUGUUCAUCUCCGUAGACUUGUAACCUUUAACCCAAUGUAGAGAAUCCUGAAUCUUGGACUCUUGUGAAGGACUUUUUGAGGAAAACAUAGCCCUAUAUGCGUACAUAAAGAAUAAAAUCAGGAAAAUCUCUUUCGUUUAGUCAGACAGCAAGGUCGUGAUUCUAACCCAUUAAUGAUCCAUCUAACGGAAGCUUAUUUCAACAGUCGGCAUUGUGGCCGGUGCGAAACAGGAGUUGAAUUCGACCCCGAAGGCGAGCACUCUAUCCUCAGAGCCACAGCGGAUCAAAAUUUUCUAUCGGCAGUAAUUUUUCUCAUUGCUAAGUUAAGUGAGUGACAGAUCUAAACAAUUUUACAUUUUUCCAUAUUUUGGAAAAAUUGUAAAACGCUUAUAUCUAACAAGAGAUCCGGUCGGAAUUUGUUUCUUCCGAAUAGGAAUGAUCGUAAAAUGUUCGGAAUUCUUCUAAAGAUCAAAUAAAUUUUUUUGUUUUAACAAAAACAGUUUUAACAAAAUGUUAAACAUUCUGCGAAAAUUGGGAAGAAAGUGAGACUAAAUGUGAGAAAUAUUCAGAAAUACAAAAAUUAUUACAACGGGCAAGCUUUAAUGAGACGUAUAAGUGGUGACGAAUUCAAUUUUAGUAAAGCAAUUCCUUUCUUCACAUGGUAUGCGACGAAGACCAUGCGGGCACAAAGACGAUGAAUGUAUAAGAUACGAAGCAGACAGAGAAGAGGUUGAUAGCUCAUUAAUGUUUCACAAUAAGCCUAUUCAUUUGUAAAUUGAGAGUAGCUUAUUUUCAUCGUUAAGCACAGGAACAUUUUAGUUAAAUUUUUUAUACUUUUUUUUGUAAUAUAUUUUUGUUUUUGUGUACCUGGAAACUUCGCGAUGCAUAAUUAGAUUCUUUAUAUUCUAAAUGGCUUCAUGCCUGUCUUUGUGUUAAGUAAGAAAUGUAUAGAGAAAGAAUUGAAAUCUUUGUGGAAGAAUUUUGUGAAAAAAUAUGGAUUGUGUCACUUAAGAGAAUUUAUAUUUGACGGGCUUGGCUUGCGCGAAAUAGAAUGGGCAGAACAGUUGCUAAUGUUAAUAAAUGCCAUAUUUCAGCAACCAAUCAGGAUCGAGUUACCCACACUACGUCACUUCCAGGUAUCCCAUUGUGUAAAAAAGAAAAAUACUAUUCCGACUUACUUGUUACGCGUAAGAAAAUGUUUUUUACUUAGUAUCAAGUAAAGUUUCCAAAGUUCUGAAUAGAAUGAGAACAAAUCCAAACCAAUAGGAUAAAAUAGUUUUUUUUUUAAAUUAUAAGGUUUUAUUCGAAAACUUUUUUUUAUCAAAACCUAUUCAACAAACAGUAAAGAUAGUUCAAAAAUUGUGAAAACUCAAAUAUUUAAAAAAAGAAAGAACAAUUACUCUUUGCGAAGAAAAUUACUAUUGAGGUUGUCGUGUGCUAAAUCAGGAUAUAAUAUAAUAUACUAUAUAUAAUAUAAUAUAGUAUAUAAUUUACUAUAAUUUAAUAUGCUAUAUGUAAUAAAAGGGAUAUAAGAUACUAUUGUAAGGUUCACUUUAUGAAUACAUUGCAUUGCAGAAACAUGUAACAUUAGUGCAAGACAUGUAAUUACAACAGAAUAUUUUGAA